GCGAGAUUUCACGACUUUCUCAUUGUUUUGUUCAUUGUUCGACAAAAUCCUCGUUUCAGUGCUAUGAAAAGUUGUUGAAAGAAAAGUGAAUUGGUUUUAAGUGUUUUAUGGAUACGAAUCACAACUAUUGUUGAACGUGCACGACAUUAUCUUCUGUGAAAACUAUGGGUGUAGCUCGUUGUGGUACUGUAGUAAAUAGCGCACAGCCUUUGGAAUGACAAGUAGGUUAAACCUAUUUUCAUUGUGAAGAACAUUGUAAUGCGACCUACUUGAUCACAAAUCUAUCAUUGAAAUAAUUUCGUUGUAUUAUUCUCAAUGUUGAAGACGAAGUUAACAUGCCUAACAAUAUUCUAACACCUUGGAAAUGUGGCAAAGUAUGAAGGUAAAGUCUGAUAUAUUCCAUAGGGACAAUGGACUGUUCACACAUAGGCCUAGUGACUAUUAAGACUGUUUGGAUUUACAUAGACUAUAUCCAAAGCUAUAUUAUGUGUUGACUGUGAUAACUAUUCCUUCUUUGUUUUAAAUUUAAAAUGUUUUUAUACAACACCAUUAAGAGUCCUAGGACUUAAACUUAGAUUCUUACUUGCUUACUUUUUGGCCUAAACUGUCAUAAUUGAAAAACUUCUCCUUGCUCAUCCAGCCUUAAAAAUGAUUAUUUAUGUAAUAUAUGUAUGUGAAUAUUGUACAGGGUCAUGGGAAGCUGACUUACAACUUUAAUUUUAUUAAAAUGUAAACAAGCAAAAUGGGUCGGGCUUCUGGAUUUGUACCAAGCCUGCUAUUUUUCAAGAUGUUCAUUCAGUUAAGACUUUUAAUAGUUUUAAUGGCAUUUUCCCGAAAUGCCAUUCAUGCGGACAAUAACCCUGACAGUGUAACGGACAGGCGGUUAUUGUUUGGUGGUGACGUAUUUAACAAGACUUUAGCGUCCAAACAUGGUGUGUCAAAAUCAAGUUUACUUGGUGCGCGAAGUGCAAGGACACCACCCACACUAGCCUAUCCAUCCCACCCAACUUUACCACCUCCAACAAGCCCUACAGGGAGGGAGAUGCCUUCAUAUUCUCCUCCCAACAGAGCCUUUUUCACUCCCCCUUUACCACCUGAGUAUUUAAAUCCUUUUGCAGAAAAACCAACACUGAGAGAUAGUAAUUCUGAUGGUGCCAGUGUUUCCAAUAAAAGGCCUAUUCCUCCACCACCACCAAGGCUUCCUUCAGAAAUAGAACUUAUUCCCAUUAGACCUCCUGAUCUCCCAGUGCAAGAUACAAGGAAAAAAACCCUCAACACCCCCAGUUUCAAAAAAUUGGCUGAAAUUCCUUACUCCGAGACAACAAGCACAACUACAACCAAUUCUAGAGCAGUCAACGAGUCUUUUGAUUUUGUACCAAUUUUACCCUAUCCGAGUGUUUCUCGCAUAUUAUCAGGAGGAAGUGGACGAAAACAUGAUAUCCUUCAAGACAUUCUCGAAAGACCCAGGUUUGAGUCUGAAUCUAAAGCAUCUCGUACUAUUAAACAAGAACAAGGAGUUGUGAAAACAUUAAUACCUCCUAGUAUGAAACCUCCUCAGGUGACUGAGAAAAAACUCACUCCAGCACAAUCUAGAGAAGAAGUGAGCACACAAUCAACUAGGCCACCCCAGACCCGACCGCCAGAGGUAACAGAAGAAGAACUGCGCAUUGAAGUGACAGAACCACCCUUAGCAGCGAGAGAUCCACCCGAGGUUGCUCAUUUACCAGAACUACCAGAACCGAGAAUAAGAUAUGUUCUUGGUGUGGCAUGGGACAUUCACGUGUACCUUAUUGCCACAUUGUUCGCUAUACUAGCAGUUUGCUCUCUACUAAACAUCAUCAGGAUAAGUUCAUUCAAACGUUUACUUACUAGAGGUUACUUUUUAACUCUUCAUGGCAUCUUGCUUAUCAUUGGAACAACUCGGAGUGUGUUUUUAUUCUACGAUGCUUACAAUAUCAAUCACUCUCUUCCUGAUCCUGUAUCACAUCUACUUCUAAACAUCGCAUUCCCCUUGCUCACAUCAUCUUUUGCUAUUUUAUUUUUGUUCCUGUUGUUGGCAGGUGAAGUAAAAAUGGUGAGUCACAAACUUCAAAGAGCUUCAGUUCUAGCUUUGUUCAUCAUAGCCCACUUAAUUUUGAGUAUAAGUGUAGACCUAUGGGCAAACACCACUAGAUUUUCUACUCUUCUGCCAGUGAUAUGUCAAUGUCUUUUUGUUAUUCUGUGUGUCGCACUUGGCCUUUCUUAUCUGUAUUUGUAUAAGUCUCUAUCUCAUUCUUCUCUUCGGAAGCAAGGUAACAUAUUUGGAUCGGUGUUCUCAGAUUCUCAUCGUCCCACCCUCGCUCACGCUGUUCGUGUUACAUUAGCAACUGCAAUGCUUAGUCUACUGAUGGCUGCAGUUCAGCUCUAUGGAAUGUUCGGAGUGUACGAGUUCCUGGGAGAAGAAUCUCCUCAUGUUUGGUUAUGGUGGGGUUUUCAAUUUUCAGUAAGAGUUAUUGAAAUCUCCAUGUGCUUUUUAAUGUCUUGGGCUGGAGUUCAGCCACUGAGAUGUGAGGCGGAAAAAGAAACUCAAAGUCAUAACUCUGCCACUGGCUUUGCAUUGUUUUCAUGCGGUGCAGCAACUCCUAGAGGAAGUGAAGGGGGAGCGGGUGAUGAUAUUUAUCCAGCAAUCUGCAGCUCAAACCAAGCAAUACAUAACUACUCUCUUAGAACUGGCAAACAGGUGUAUGACGAUACCUUCCCUCUAAACAAUCUGCACGCUGGACCGCACAUGUUUCUACACAACACCACUGAGAGGAGAUCGUUGAAGAAACAUCCAGCUGACGAUCACGACAUGAGCAAAUCCAUAUGCGGGACUCUGGUUCCCUUUGAGAGGCGGCUUCAGCCUUCACCAUCCAUGCUGGUAGCAGAGAAUGGCUUCGUACGCUUCCGAUCUCUAGCAGACGGAGAACAACCAGAAGAUUCAUUCACACAGCCCAGUAUGGUUCAUCCUAGAGAAGAUUUUACGUGAGUUAAACGUAUAAACAAUUUUGGACUAUAUUUUUUGUAAUUUGCGAUAACUUCCGGCCGUAAAUUUCCGGAUUAGAUGUUCCUCUAGUACAGUGUUUUUAGUGCAGUCUUAUUGCCCGCUAGUGUAAUUAGGUUUUUACUCGAUUCGAUCUACGUUCGCUUUUUUUUAUAAUCAAAGCUUAGUUAAUAAUUUUAUAGGCCUAUUUAAAAUGUAAGACUACUAAGGGCUGCUAUAGUUUAAUAGUAAAGCCUACGGUUUCAGUAUUUUUUAUUAGAUUUUAAGGCGUUUCUUCAAAGUGGCAAAACGUUUUAUAAGGAACGUUGAUCUGUAGAUUUUGUAGAUUUUAUUUUUCGAGUACUCUUCCUUUCCUUAAAUCGUGUACAUAGAAAUCUUUGGUUGUGGGACGAAUCCCAACUAAUCAAAUAGCCUAUUUACCAUUGUAAAUGAUCUGUCCAAAUUAUAAAUAUAUAUAAUAUAUUUAUUAGGCUUAUACAAAUAGAACAUGUACAACAAUUGUGACUAACUUAAUGCAUUAUUUAACUCAGCAUUUUAAUACUUUACCUAGGCUAUAAAUAAACAUUUGGCUCAAGAUAUUUAUAUUUUCUAAUAAGGCUUCUGGGUCAAUGUAAUCCUGGAAUUAGUUUUACUACAAUUGCUCCAGUUGAAAAUAAAACCAGGCCUAAUCAAGUUUUUGUUUCAAAAAUUAAACAUGAUUUUAAAAUUGUCCUUAUAAACUUUGUGGCUCCCAGUGCAGCUGAAAUCACCAUUAGGCCUAUCCUAAUAAAUGAUCCAAGGCGGGUAGUUAAUCAUUAGACCAUUUAUUCUUUUACUAUCUCCACGGUACUCACCAUUUAACUUAAACAGUUAUUUAUAAAAAGAAAUAUGACGAUAAUAAUAUUAAUCCUCAUGAACUAGGCUAGGUUAACUAUCAAUAAAAAAUGAACAUAAUUCAUCAUUAAAUAGACAAAGGCAGAUAAUAAUUAAUGAUCAUUAAAGGUGAUACCGUGUAGUGGUGAUACGCGUAGUCGUUAGACAGCAAUUUGGAUUACUCUGGCAGAUCCAGGUAACAUUAUACCUUUUAUACUCUAAAACAGUAAAUCCUGAGGUCCAAGAAACAACAUGAAGUGAUAGUUCAACCUCACCAUAAGCAUAAGGAUCAAACUAAUUGCUGUUUAAGCUAGCCUAAAUAAAAUAUUUCUAACACUUGACUGUUUUCCAUCCCAUGGGCACUCAAACAAAAAGUUUUUACACACAGGACAAACUUAACACAGCCAACUCCUUUGCCAUCGCCACAGCCUUCCCGGUAGUUGGUCUUAUUGUCUAAUGUUUAAAUCCCUUAAUGAUAACUGGCCUACAAUAGGCCUAACUUACUAGUGGAUAUUUUUGAGAGAGCUGAGGAAUGAGAAUUUAUGUUCUUAAACAUUAUAAAACUGUUUGAAAAUAAUAUAUCUUGAGCCUUUAAAGAUUUCCAUUUUUAGAACUGUUUUGAAAUCCCAUUUAUAUUGUCUACUGCUUGCAGUAAUUUUAUUAACUCCGUGAAGGCUUUCGCCAUUUAAAUGAUAGUUCUGAAUCUCCCUUUAAAACCUCUUUUUAUAGUUAUUUACCACGUAACUAAAUAUUUGUAAUUUCUACCAAUCUCAAUUUUUUAAAGUGUGUUUUUUUUACUCUUAUUAUACAUUUACGACGUUGUUAUAUUUUACAAACUGUAUAGGUAGCUUUAAUAUUUAUUUAGGGCUAAUCAUUUUUAUUAAGAGAACUGGCAAGUAUUUUUGCAUUUUAAUACUAGGAGCAGAUUUUUUAAAUAUUGUGCCAAUGCUUGAAUUUCUUUAUAAUAAAAUAUUUUAAAUCACAUACUUAAAUAAAACUCAAAAAUUGUUUAGGAUAAUAUGGCCUAGUUGAAAGACAGCAACUAUUUAAGCACUUCUGAUAUGUUAAUUACCUAUAUAGGCCUAACCUAAAUGAACAAAAUUCAUUGGAUGAUUAUUUAGAUUUGGAGAUGUGGGACUUGUGCCUACAAACUUUUCAAAUACUAGGACUUCGGCCACCCCUAAAUUUUAAUUAACAGGAUAGGAUAUGGUCAAUUUAAAGGAAGUAUUACAUUUUAAUCACCUUCUAAGACAUGUCUGAAUGGCAAUUACAGUAUAUAAUAGGCUUACUUGAUACUUGAUACUUGAUACUUGUAGUCUAUGUCGUUGACCGAUGAAAUCGGCAUGACUGCGUCAGAUUACUAAAUACUAAAAUACUAUUUACACAAUACUAUUUACACUGUGGCAAUGGCUAAAAAGUGGCUCGUUGCCUAAUUCUUCGAGGCUGUAAAGAGGCCUAUUUACCAGCCUGUCACGCAGGGCCGUCUUAUAAUCAUCAAGGUCCAAAUUGCGCACAUGAACCGGCAAGGAAUUAAACAGCCUUAUCGCCGACCGAGGAUAACUACACACACACACACCCAGACCUACCAAACGUAAGAGAAAUACAAGUCAAUACUGUUAAAAAAAAUGUGAAUAGUCUUGAACAAUCUAGGUUUAAUUCAGACUGACAAAAGCUUUACUAAUAAUUGAGUUAGACAUUUUAAGUUUAAAUCCGUUACUGUAGCUGAUCUUUCACGAGGUAAUAUUCAUUCAAUACAGUUAUAGUAUUACUUUAACUCAUGUUAAUUGUUUAGCCUAAUAUAACAAUGUUCCUGUAGAAGCACACGAUAGAAGAUAUUUUGCACUCUGCACCUUAUUAUACAUUCAAGGAAAUUUAUUUAAACUGUCAAAACCUUGUAAUAUAAGUUUUGUAUAGGUAUAUAAUGUGUUUCAAGUAGAAAAAAGUGGUUUUUAAUUUUAAUUUGAGAGAGGCAGGUUUAUUAUUCUUCCAUAAAUUGAAGAUUGUUAAAAAGUUUGUGAUUAUGGUAAUUUAUGGAGUUAUGAAAAUUUGUUCGCACAUAACAGUUUUGAAUUUAACAUGGGGAAAUGAGUUUAAUUCCAGUUUCCCACAGAUUUAGUUGAACAAAGUUUAGAAUCACAGUUCAUGUAAUUUUUUUUAUAUAUAUACUUAUGUGCUAAAUACAAAAUGGAAAUAUUUUUUUAUAUCCUAAGAACAUUAAGUAGAAACUUUGGGUUGAUAUUUUUUUGUAGGUACAGUAUAUGUUUUCAGUUGAAGUAUAACAAAUUGUGCGUCCUUAUUCCUUAAUAGUUGAGCAAUAAUUGAGGUUAGCAAUAUUAUGUAUAAUUCUAUAAGUAAAGUGGCAUAAGCCUUGUAAGAAAUAAAUUACAUACGUGACUCAUUUUAAUAAUAUCAUUGGGAAUCUAAAAUAUAUCAUUGGUAUAUUAGAAUAGGUAGGCCUAAAUUUUUAACAACUAGUGUUUAACAUACUAUUAAACCAAUGACAACAAUACAGUAGGCUAUGCCUCUAUAAACUAUUUGGCUGGUCAACAACCAAUUCGAUUGGUCAACGUUGACAACUUAACUACAGGGUUUGUUGAGUAAAAAAUCUCAUUUCAAUCUCAUUCAUACGUUAAUUGUGUAAGUUCGUUUGAUUCCUUUUUUACUGCAAUCACAUGUUUCUGCUUUCCAAUGUUAUCAUUAAAAUUGAGUUUGGCGAAGAUUGAAGAAUGAUUUUGUUAUGUUGGAAAUAGGCGUACCCCGCGCCCCUUAAAGAUCUUGCUAUUUUUUAAUUAAUAUACUGUAUACUUGACAAAUUAAACCUACUACAAAUUUGAAACUCUAGACACUAGUAAUAUACAGAGACCUACAACUUGUGAAAAAUACCACCGAGUCACAUUUGAUGAUUCUUAUAACCAAAACAAAUGACAGAACACCAAAAUUAGCAAAAAAAUGUGGGAAAAACUACUCUGCAUGGCGAUUGAUAGACAAGAUUUUGAAUAAAGGUUAUGAAUCAAAUUAUUAUAGCCUAAUUUAAUAUUUUGGCUUCCCUCUUUUGUAGCCUAUCUCUUUAAUUCAUUUAGUUUCAUUUGUUAAAGUGACACAACUUUUAGUAAAGAACCAAGAAUUAAUUUGAAAUGGUUUUGCAAAUAAAACGGCCUUUUCAAAUAAAAAAAACUCCAUUAUUUUGAUGUUUAAUAAUUUAGUUCUGUAAGUAAAAGAUUAAGUGGGACCCAGGGUUUUUUGGUACCGUACUUUGGUUAUCCGGAAUCCACUUAUUUUAGAGGGAAUUUUUUACCGGAGACCAAAAAUAACUAUAUAGUUGGAAAGACUUACUUUCUCCCCCUAUACCAUAGUAUAUAGAGAAAGAAGGCUUAUUGUUUACAUAUAUACUUGUUGCAGCUGUAUAGUUUUAAGUUUGUAGCGUGUUUGAUGCGGUAUAUUAAGACAAAAAUAGCAAUGUCUUCCUCUUAGUGGUACACAUAGUAGGGCCUAUAUUAAUUAACCUAACCAAUGUUCCAUGUUUUUUUAAGUUAUCAAAUUCCCAGGUUCCUUAAGCGUGAUAAAUUUGUUAAAAAGUUAACUUUCAUAGACAUGUUAGUAUAAUUUUACUCCUUAAAUGUAUUUGAAAACAUAAUCCUGGUUUAAAUACUACCGUAUUAGUAACUUUUAUGUGAUUAGGCCUACUUGUGACUAACAAUGGUCUAGUGAUUCUUGUUUUGUAUUUAUCUUCAAAAAGUACUUCUUAUUAUGUUGGGCAUUGAAAGUUUUUCAAACUCAGUUAACUCAAGUUUAAUGAAAAUACCCGUUUUUAAUUGUUUGUGUUCUCCAACCUUAUAAUAAUAAAAAACUUCAUUUUUUUAAGUUGUAUUUAUGUACCGGUAGCUAAAACAAUUUAAUAUAUGCAUUUUUAGCUCAGCAAUAAAUUACAAGAUUCUAAAUAAAAUGUUUAUCAAGAGCUACCUUGAAAACAAAAUUUAAUUUUCUAAAUAUAAAAAUAUUUAAUUACAGUAAUACCGCAUCGCUGAGAUUAUGAUAGGGAGAUAUGAAAGCAAAAGGGGUCUGAGUUAGAUGUCUAUACACAAUUAAGAAAUCUAUAAUAAAAAGUAAAUUUUUGUACAAUAAAUGUUAUCUUAUUUAUGGGAAAAUUAGGUCUCACACAAUAUUCAAUGCUCAACUUGAUCAAACCCCAUUGUUUAAUGUAAAAUUUGCCUCAUUUCAUUAUGGUAUUAUUAUGUUAUAUUGUAUACCCAAGCUAAGAAUACUCAAAGGUUUGUGUUCCUUUUCUGUCUAUUUUUUUCACUGCCACUAUUGUUUAAAUAAAAAUGCAAAAGCUAAUAAUAUUAACAUACCUACAUGAAUGAACAUACGUCUUGUUUUUAACAAAUUAUCCAAGUAUUAUUAGAUGAGACUAUGACAGGUUGUAUUUUAUUUUACUAGGCAAUGUACAGUAAGGUUCUUAACGCUCUUUUUAUUAACAGGUUUUAUAAGAGUAUGGAUAUUAACAGUAUUAUGGGAGCUUAUUACUAGUAAACUUUUGCAAUGACAGUUUUUUGUAAUUUUAAUUUUCAUGACAUUUUGCCAGUUUUUACUUCUUCCGUUUUAACGAAGAAUUGUGUAAUAAUUUUGUAAAUAUUUUUAACCUUUGUACUUAUUAUGUUGAUUCCUAUUUCAAUAAGAGUCGCGUAAUUUUAUUGUGAUUCAGAUAUUAAUUAUUGUAAUUUUAUGUUGUGUAUAUUUUUAUACCUAAAUACUCGCAGCUUAUAAAUAGCCGAUCCCAGAUACUUUUGUGUCUACUAUUAAAAAAUAUAUUACAUAUAUUAA